AUGACCACACAAAAGCAUAGCUUGUCUAAGGCUUCUGAUCCGGAACAGCUUACCGAUGGGCCGACGACGGAGCGUGAAGUGAGCCUGCCACCGAAUGUCUCAAUCUAUGCUGGGCCGAACAGCGCAGGGCUUCUCCGCGCCAGCAUCUUCACCCGACUGGUAACAACAGUUCAAGACCCGACAAAAUUAGCCGCGGCGCUAGGAUCAGACUGUGCUACAUUCUGCCACCAAUACCAAAACGUCGUGCUCAUCUUCGACGAGGACCUGGACCGUCACCACGAGCAUUUCCGCCAGGUGUGCUUGCGCCUCAAGGACAACGGUGACCUAGGCUUAGAUUAUGGUCGGUGUAUUUUUGAUGUCGGAAGCUCUCUGCACGCUGGCUUUCAGAUGGAUAAGCUACAGGGUGGCGCUAUUAUGGUUGUUGAUUUACAGGAUCGCGACGAUGAUGACGGGGAAGAUGACAGUGACGCCGAGGACGAUGCCAGUCUCCUUGCGGCCCUAGGGGAGCCAGUUGGUGGUGCCGUCGCUUCUGAAAGCUCACAAGCCUGA